AUGGACCUGACUGUGCUAGGGAUACUAAUACUGGCUCUUCUGAUCUCCUACAUGAUAAUCUAUUCAACAUGGGACCGAAUGUACAGAAAGCGCAACAUGCCUCCUGGUCCAACUCCUUUUCCUGUGAUUGGAAACCUUCUUCAAGUGAAGAAAGGGGAGCUUGUGAAGUCACUAAUACAGCUGGCUGAGAAAUAUGGCUCGGUGUACACCGUCUAUUUUGGAUCCCGGCCAGUUAUUAUUCUUUCUGGCUACCAAACUAUUAAAGAAGCCCUUAUAGACCAAGCCGAUGAUUUUAGUGGCCGAGGACAGCUGCCGACAAUGGACAGAGUCUUCAAAGGACAUGGUGUUGUUCUCAGUAAUGGGGAACGCUGGAAACAGCUACGCCGGUUCACAUUGAUGACCCUGAGAAACUUUGGAAUGGGAAAGAGGAGUAUUGAAGAGCGAAUACAGGAAGAGGCACAGGUUUUGGUGGAAGAACUCAGAUCUAAGAAAAGUUCCCCGAUCAACCCCACCAAUAUCUUUGUUCAGGCCAUUGCAAAUGUCAUCUCCUCGGUGGUCUUUGGGAAUCGUUUUGAUUAUGAAGAUCUGAAAUUUCUGAAGCUCCUCAAUAUGUUUAAUGAGUGUUUUAAAAACAUGAGUUCCACCUGGGGGCAGAUGCAUGAAAUGAUUCCAGAAAUCAUGAACCACGUACCUGGACCUCAUCAGAAAGUGGACAAACUCCUAAAUAAUUUGCUGCAAUUUGUUUCUGAACGUGUGAAGAUAAACCAGGAAACCUUGGACCCAUCUUCUCCAAGAGAUUACAUAGACUGCUUCCUUAUUAAAAUGAAACAGGAUAACAAAAAUGAUUUCUCUGCGUUUGAUAUGAACAACUUGCUGCUCAGUGUACUUAACUUGUUCUUUGCUGGAACAGAGACAGUCAGCAGCACACUUAGACAUGGAUUCAUCGUCCUUGUAAAGUAUCCUGAGAUACAAGCCAAGCUACAUGAAGAAAUUGAUCGAGUCAUUGGGCAGAACAGGUGUCCAAACAUUGAGGAUCGAGGCAAGAUGCCCUAUACGGAUGCCGUGAUCCAUGAGAUCCAAAGAUUCAGUGACGUUUUACCUCUUAAUGUUCCUCACUCAGUUAUAAAAGACACACAUUUCCAUGGAUACACCAUUCCCAAGGGCACUGAUGUUUACCCACUGCUCUGCUCUGUUCUCCGAGAUCCUACUCAAUUUGCCACCCCAGACAAGUUUAACCCGGGACAUUUUCUGGAUGACAAUGGCUGUUUCAAGAAGAGUGAUGCAUUUAUGCCAUUUUCCACAGGGAAGAGAAUCUGUGCUGGAGAAGGUCUGGCUCGUAUGGAGCUCUUCUUGUUUCUCACCAACAUUCUUCAAAACUUUACACUCACCUCCUCAACGCGUUUCACUGAUUCAGACAUUAAACCUAAAUUGACAGGAUUUUCCAACAUACCCAUCACCUACCAGCUGUCAUUUGUAGCACGUUAAUUGGGUGUUGGGAAAACAAGAUAAUUACAUUUACUUAUGAAUAGUUAUGCAAGAAGAACGAGCAUUCGAUUUAACAUGAAAUCCACUUCUAUCCUGAGUUACUUAAUCUAGAAUUAAGAUCACAUCAAAAGAAUUUCAGAGUUUUUUUUUUAGAUAAUUUUUAUGUUUUAUGUUGAAAGCCUAACUUUAAUACCCGACGUCCCAAUUACUAACAGGGAUAUUUACUAAAGUGAGACUGGCAAAGAAUUCAAAUAAAAUUUUAUAUUUAAAGCAAAAUAGCAGAACUAUAAAUAGAUUUUUCUUGGGCCAUUUUUCUGUUUUUUUCUAUUUUACCCUAAUUUGUGAAACUCAUUUUUUACAGAUUGAAGGUAAUGAACGCAGUGUGAUUAACUUGGGUAGGAAACAACCCCUCAACUGCAACUCCUGUAAAUCUCACGUAAAACUCAAUAAGAGUCUAUCUUAACCCCUUAAGGACACAUAAUGAAAAUAUUCCCUCAUGAUUCCCUUUUAGUCCAGAAGUUGAAUUCUUAUGGGGUUAAAAGAAAAAAACAAAACAAAAAGUAGCAUAUUUUGUAAAUAAAUAAUUAAUAUAUAGAUACACAC